AUGCCGCUCUAUGAUAAGUUCUUAAAGGAACUCAUGACGCAGAAGAGAAACUGGGGUGAGAAAGAAAUAGUGGUACUCACUGAAGAGUGCAGUGCUAUAAUACAAAAGAAGCUCCCCCAGAAAUUGAAAGACCCUGGGAGUUUCCAAAUCCCCUAUGUCAUUGGGGAUAUGAACAUUGAGAAGGCACUAUACGAUCUCGGAGCCAGCAUAAACCUCAUGUCUUUGGCUAUAAUGAAAAGAAUGAGGAUAGAAGAGGCCAAACCAACAAGAAUGGCCCUUCAAUUGGCUGACAGAACCUUUAAAUUUUCUCAUGGUGUGGUGGAAGAUCUAUUGGUGAAAGUGGGGGAGUUCAUCUUCCCAGCUGAUUUCGUUGUGCUUGACAUAGAGUAA